UAUCAGCUCCAGGAUCCAACCCUCGGUGCCUGGGACCAGCCUCACCUGUCAUAUGCCCGGGCCAGAUUGCAGCAGGCCAGAGAUCAGCUGCGGCGGCUUGUGGCAGAGAUGGCCACAUCUGCCCGCCCGGUGGGCGUGACGGGCGUGUGGGAGCCAGAGACAAGGGCCAACCAGGCAGCUGGCCGCCUGUGUGAACGCCUGUCGCCUGCUCUGCUGCUGGUACCAGACCAGAGUCUGUUUUGGGACUCUGUCCUGAACCAGGUGGUGGUACCCCUGUACAGCAUCAGCCCAGCCGCCACAAUGGCGGCCAAGCGCUCAUGGGCCCGCCUGCAGGCGACACUCACCGGGCCCGACCUGCUCAGCCAGCUGCAGCAGGCGUUUGCCACGCUGCCUGAGUUUGAGUGGGCAGUACAGGACAUGACCAGCAAGCUGUCAGAAGCGUCUGAUCGCCAGGGCAUGGUGGCGCUGAUGCAGGGGCAGCAGGCUCAAAUACAACAGCUUGCCAGUGGCUCCCGACAGCAGCAGGCACCAGCAGCGCGCAUGGCGGCUGCGUGGACGG